AUGAGUGUCUUAAAUUUUUUGAAAGACCUGAAACCUUUCUUGUUGAUGUAAGAGCCUUUUCUUCUUCCAUUGCUUUCAUGUACUUUCAAAUUAUUUUGGUGACUAUUCAUUUUUUGUUUAUUCAGCCUUAUUCACAAAGGAAGUGUAUCAACAUUUUCUAUGUUCUGUAGCAACCAUUUCUAUUUUCUUUACUCUCUUCAAACCUAGUCUCGCAUUUCUUACAAAAGUAUCUAUGCAUUUUACAAAUUAGGGAAGAGAGGUUGGUUGGGGGAGGGGGGGGGACCUUCUAAUGGCCUUCAAAUUUGUUAAUUGAAGUACCAGGAGAAUUGAAGAAUUUAUCAAUAAUACUGUGACUUAUGACUUGAAGUAAAAUAUUAAUGUCAAAAUAUUGUUUUAUGUCAUGAUUUAAAAUUCAAUUGCUUCUCUGUUAUUAAAUAACUUUUUGCAACAUCGCACUCCCUCAGUGUUUUGGAAACCCAGUUAUUCAUUAAUAUCUUGAAGUUGUCGCAUGUGUAGCUCUGAUAUUGGAGGCAUGCAUAAAGCUGUACUAAAACUUUGCUGAACAAAGUCAUGGUAUAGCUGUACUUACUAUACCAAAGCUGUACUAAAACUGUGCUGAACAAAGUCAUGGUAUGGCUGUUCUUGUAAAAAUUUGGAAUGCAUCAAAGUGUUUUACGGUAGACAAAUGAAUGCCUAUCAACUUUUUAAAAUUAGUGUGUAUCACAUACAUCUGGUUCAUGUGUCUUGAUGCCUAAUGUCUCUCCCACAGGUGUCCAAUGACUUGGAUCCUCUGGUGUAUGUCAAUGUCCCCAGGAGCCAGUCAAGGUCAAUACUUCAACAGGUCAUGUCAGGUAGCCUGGUAGGAAUGUUUGAAUUUAAUUUUAUGUUUGUUGAAUAGCAGUACAAAUAAAAUAAAAAUCCUCAACAUCUCAACUCUAACACAGCUAGAGAUCUAAUCCCUAUUGGACAUGACAUGUUCCUUCAAGAUUUAAUGACAACUCAACUCUAACACAGCUAGAGAUCUAAUCCCUAUUGGACAUGACAUGUUCCUUCAAGAUUUAAUGACAACUCAACUCUAACACAGCUAGAGAUCUAAUCCCUAUUGGACAUGACAUGUUCCUUCAAGAUUUAAUUACAGGGCUUAUUAAAUUUCAUACACUGGGCUAUGGGGUGAGAAGGAAUUAAAACACAAUUUUUUUUUACACUGAUAAGUAUGACAUUUUUUUUUAUAUUGCUGGGAUUAGAACCAGCAGACCAUCAGUACACUUGUCCUUUGUGCUACAGACUGCGUCACCUGUCACCUAUCCAGCACUGCGGGUUAUAAUUUUUGUCUUUUCAUUUCCUCCUUAAAGAUCACAAUCACGGAGGAUGGUGUCAUAGGUGUCUACGGUUGGCUCCCCUUUGACAAGUCCAUACCAAACUUCUACACAUUUGACAAGAAUGCCACCAUGCUCAGUCCUAAGUGA